AGGUGGUUUCCGAGGCUGGUCUCAGGAAUAAGGCGUUUUCGUUGUCGCACAGGUGGCGUGACUCGUUUAAGCCGGUAGUUGAGGCGCUGAAGGAAGCUGUAGUGGGAGUGUUCGAGGAUUCGCUUCGAAUAAGUUUGCAGCUAAAGAUGGCAGACCCAGAUGUCCUCACCGAGGUUCCUGCAGCACUGAAGAGAUUAGCUAAGUAUGUGAUCCGGGGGUUUUAUGGCAUUGAGCAUGCAUUGGCCUUGGACAUCUUGAUCCGAAACCCCUGUGUGAAAGAGGAGGAUAUGCUGGAGCUGCUCAAGUUUGAUCGGAAGCAACUUCGGUCGGUUUUGAAUAACUUAAAGGGAGACAAGUUCAUCAAAUGCAGAAUGAGGGUAGAGACUGCCGCGGAUGGGAAAACCACUCGCCAUAACUACUACUUUAUCAAUUAUCGCACUCUUGUUAAUGUGGUAAAAUAUAAAUUGGACCACAUGAGAAGGAGGAUUGAAACUGAUGAAAGAGACUCUACCAAUCGGGCUUCCUUCAAAUGCCCUGUCUGUAGUAGUACUUUUACAGACUUAGAAGCUAAUCAGCUCUUUGAUCCCAUGACAGGAACUUUCCGUUGUACUUUUUGUCAGACAGAGGUAGAAGAGGAUGAAUCAGCAAUGCCCAAAAAAGAUGCACGCACACUUUUGGCAAGGUUUAAUGAACAAAUUGAGCCCAUUUAUGCACUGCUUCGGGAGACAGAGGAUGUGAAUUUGGCCUAUGAAAUACUUGAGCCAGAACCCACAGAAAUCCCAGCUCUGAAACAAAGCAAGGACCGUUCAGCAGCUGCUGCUGGAGCUGCUGGCCUGGCAGGUGGGCACCACCGGGAAGCAUGGGCCACUAAAGGCCCAUCCUAUGAGGAUUUAUACACUCAGAAUGUUGUCAUUAACAUGGAUGACCAAGAAGAUCUUCAUAGAGCCUCACUGGAGGGGAAAUCUGCUAAAGAGAGACCCAUUUGGUUGAGAGAGAGCACUGUCCAAGGGGCAUAUAGCUCUGAAGAGAUGAAGGAAGGUGGCAUAGAUAUAGAUGCAUUUCAGGAACAUGAAGAAGGCCAUGCAGGGCCAGAUGAUAAUGAGGAGGUCAUGCGAGCACUGCUCAUUCAUGAGAAGAAGACUCCUUCUGCCAUGGCUGGCUCAGUGGGGGCAGCUGCUCCUGUGACCACUGCCAAUGGCAGUGACUCAGAGAGUGAGACCAGUGAAUCAGAUGAUGACUCUCCACCCCGUCCGGCAGCUGUGGCUGGUCAUCAUCAAGAAGAGGAAGAGGAGGAUGAUGAGUUUGAGGAGGUGGCAGAUGAUCCUAUUGUCAUGGUGGCUGGCCGUACAUUCUCCUACAGCGAAGUGAGCCAGCGGCCCGAACUGGUGGCCCAGAUGACUCCAGAAGAGAAGGAAGCAUACAUAGCAAUGGGACAACGCAUGUUUGAGGACCUCUUUGAGUGAGCUUUACCUACCUUUUCCUCCUUUCUCUAAUGUUUGUUUGAAAAAGAAAACCCCCACCUUGGAGAAAAAUGUUGAAGUGGCUUCCUAUCCCUCUUGAUGUAAAGCAGCUGUUAAUUUGUACAAAGAAUAAGGGGAAAGAAAAUUUGAUAUUUAUUCCAGAAACUUCCCAACAAGGUUGGUUGGCUAUAUGCAUCCCCUUCCCUGCUAUUAUUACAGUAUUAAUAUUUUGCUGUACUAUCUAAUCUUUUCCUUUACUUUUUAAGACAUUUUCCUCUUUUCUCUAUAAGAUAAAUCUUUCCUGUAUGCCCAUAGAAGCUUACUACAGUAGGUUACAAUAAUAUCUGUUCUGACUGUGCAUUCCAAACAAUCCCUAAUAUUCUGCCAACUAAAGCAUCUUGCCAAUGGGCCAAUCAUAGAUGAGGGGGAGUUGCCUAAAAUGUCAUAUUUCCUCACAAUUGAAGAUCAAGUCCAACAUACAAGGGGAGGUGGGAGUAUGUGCAGAAAAGAGAUGGAUAUGCCUGAAUCUCAUGAUUAAUAUCUUAUACCAAAAUUUGUGUCUCCAGAACUGACCAGAAUGGUAGCGUUUGUCAUUUUGCUUAAUGCAUUGUGGUUUGGACAUUCUUAUGAAGAAUUAGAAGAGACAUGGAUAUAGGACAAGGAGUCCAUGUAUGCAAAGGGUUGAAAAGUGGGAAGCAUUGUAAAUAGUGCCUUUUAGAAUUGCCUGAGUUUGUGAUGGUUUGGAAAUCUUUUGAGACUGGGCCCUUUUUUCUGUAGUUUUCUACAGAACUCUUGCCAGUGCUAUAAAUUGUUUAAUGAGGCCAUUCCAGAAAUCGCUUAGAAUAAUUGAUUAUUCCCCUCACGCCACCCCAUCCUUCCUUUGUAAACAUCAUUGAAAGUCUUCUUUACCUCUCCUAUGAUUUUUGUCAGACAUGGUAUUUUACAGUGCAUUCAGUAUAUCACUGAACAUUGUAACCUCAAGGAACAUAGCUUAUUUUUGGUUCUCAUAUGAAGCGUAGUAUUAUUCCCUAAGGCAGAACUUCAAAAACAAAGAACUUUCAUACAGGUGUCUAUAAUGAUUGUACUUUUGAAAUGUUUUCCCUUGCAUUAUAAUCUUUAAGUAUUUAUCAUUUUAUAGUACAUGUGUGAAGUUAAGGUAGUAUUUUAGAGUACUGAGCCUUGUAUGAAGUGAUGUUUCAUUUACCUGGAUUAUAUUAAUGACUGAAUAUUGACAAUAAAUAUAUUUUAUACUGAUUGAAAUUUGUUAAUUUCUAGCUAUAUAACAUCUUGGAGCAUAAUUAAAAUGAAUACUUUUCCCAUUUAAAAAAUGUUCAGACUUUUUCUCUUUUUAGUCAUUUAUUUAAAAUAAUAGAAGCAAUUGCAUGUGGUCUAACUUUUUUUUCCCCAAAGUUACCAUAAGAAUGACCUUUACAUAAGUACCUUGUACACAUGGAGCUAUUCAAUAUGUAAGCAUUGUUUUCUAAACUUUCAAAGUUCUAGAAAGAUGUUCUGGUUAAAUAAAACGAUAAUUUUCAAAAAUUUAGUUGUAGGUGAACUGUCAGAACUUAUUUCAAAGAAUACAUUUCUCAUUCUUUUCCUUGAAUCUAAUUUUGCAUGUUCUACUUCCUAAAGCUACUCUUCUGUUUUACUUCCCCAUUAAAUACCAACUUCUUAAAGAAUUAUGUACUACUGAGGUAUUUCUUUCAUUUCCCUCUUGCAAUCUGGUUUUUGUUCUGUUAUUACACUGAAACAGCUUUCUUCAGUCCUACUUGUCCAACCUAGUGGCCCUUUAUUCCUCAUUCUCUUUGACCUCUCAUCAGUAUUUAAUGCUAUCACUCCAAAGUUUCUUGAAACUUACCAUUUGGUAUCCUAGCCAUUAUACUGUCCUGGUUCUCUUCUACUUCAUUGGCUAUUCCUUCUCAGUCUUCUUCAAACUUUAUUUCCUUCUCUGCUGUAUGUAUGGGCAUACCUCAAGGCUUAUUUCUUUUUUCCCCUUGUGUGUGUGUGUGUGUGUGUGUGUGUGUGUGUGUGUGUAAUUUAUGUUAUGGACAAAUGUUCACAAGUGAGGACCUAAGUAUGACUAAGAGUUUUCAUUGAAGCCGUGUUUGGAAUCGAGUCAAAUAGAAUAGAAUAGAGUCGAGUCGAGUAGAGCAGAGUAGAACAGAAGGAUAAAUACAUGGAUACACUGUGCAUCAAUUAGGGAAUAGUUAAAUUAUUUUGUCAUGAAAUCACAUAGCCAUUAGAAAAAAUGUAUUGAGAGGAAAAAGAUAUCCAUAAUGUGUUAAGUAUAGAAGAAUCAUUUUUCUACCUUUAUAAGUAUAUGUGUACAUGUGUGUGUGCCAGACACUUUUAACAGCUUUACACAUUUUGAUUUGUUUAAUCCUUUAUAAUAAACCUGUGGGGUAGGUGUAUGUGUGUGUGUAUGUAUGUAUGCACACACACACACACACACACACACGAUUAAUGAUUGCAGAUGAGCAUGACAGUGGUUUUAAUGUGUUAUAAUGGAAAAGAUAAUCCCAAUUUUGGACAACUCAAAUAGACAUUUAAUGAGUUUCAUGUAGAAAUUACCUAGUUAAAUUAAAGGCAAAAAAAAAAUAGCAGUGACAAAAGCAAACUCUUUUUAUGUUAAUGCCAGGAUUUUUAGGUCUGCCUUUUUUUCUUUAAUCCUGGGUUCAUCAUUUCCUUGAACAAACAUUUCUCAACUUAUACUCAAAAAAUAAUAGAAAAAUAGAAUCUAAUAUGUAAAAUUUUGGACAUUACCUCCAUAUUUCAAUAAUAUACCUUAUAAACUAAUAUCAAACUGUUGAGUCUUAUCAGAUAGUUUUAUAUCUCUUGAGGCAUAGUAAUCUGGUGAGGAAAGCCAGUCAGUGAUAGAAGAACUGAAAGUGGGAGCCCUGCUGAUGAUUACCCUCUGAAUCUCUAGUAAGGGCAGGUGCAUCCCCAAGGUUGGGAAAUACAUGUAUAUAGUCACAGUGUAUCUUGUCCCACAAACUGUAAUAAGAGAUGGCCAGGCAUUCAUUUUCUUUGAGUGAAGUUGGCUAUAUUAGUAUAACCUAAGUGUCAGUUGUCCAGAUAUCCCAACUUUUCCAUUGUCCUUUAAGAUUUAAAUAGAGCUUUUUUUACCCUAACAUGAUGGAACACUUCUUCCCGUGUGUUUCUUUUGGGGAUGCAUGCGCUUAUAUCCUCUGGCUGUGCCUGUCUGCCUCCCUGAGUUCUCUAUGUCACCUCUGCACCACUUGUACUGACUUCCCACACUACCAGGAACACACAAAUCUGUGUACCAGAGCUUCACUGAAAUUUUUAGAGUAAUGGGUGGGGGACGGGCGGGGGGUGAGCGUGCAAUGAGAGAAGGGUUUCCGUCUCAGCAUUGCAUAGUCAAGGAAUAAAAUUGGGUUGUAUACUUCCUUGUUUUUAAAGAGUUUCUUAGCCAUUCUCACAGGUCAUAACCCCAAGUAGAAUUCUGUCUCCACAUCUUGCUAAGGUUUCAGCUUCCUUGUCCCCUGUCCUCAUCACCCCCUUCUCUCCAAAGACCUUGGAAAGUUCUAAAUGUAUUAGGAAAAAUAAUUUAGUUCUUUGUUUUAUUCCUGUUUUAUCCAAAUAGUGCCUUGAAAGCUCCUAUUAUAUACAAUGUGGACUAUCAAGAUGUUUCCUUAAACAGAGAGUCAGCUCCCUACCUCUAGGAGUCAGCAUAGGAGGUUAACUAUGGCUUUAAGAAGGAACUUUUUUCUCUCCCUGCUGCACAAAAAAAAUCACUCAUCAUAAUUUGCCAAAAGUAAGGCAAUAAGUAAACAACCCGGGCCCUAGAUGAUCCUCAAAGUUAUGUCUGGUACAAAAUUGCUUUCCAAAAUUCUUUCCUUUCAUCCUGUCUGCCCUGGGAUUUGAAACCCUUUUUUUCCCAAAACAUCUUAAGGUGUAUUAAAAUUAAGUGAUUAAAAGAAAAUAUUCAAUUUGGCAUAGCCUGGAAUUUAGGAGACUAGGUUCUGGUCCCAGCCCCAGCUAAGUAGACAUUGUUAAACACUGAAGCUAUUAGCUGAUGUAACUUUUCUGGGCCAGUUUCUAAGCUGUCAAUAAAAAGAGGAUAGUGCUAGGAUCACUAAGAUUGCCUCCAGUUCUAAUUUUUAAUAGAGAUAAGUGGUAGUUAAUACAUUUAAAAAUGAGAUCAAAUAAUAACAAAAACAAAAAUCUGAUUCUCUAAAGCAGUUCAAACCAGAUGAAGGAUAUUUUGAGAGACUGUAGUGUCAGGUGGUAGGUUUAGAUAUGUUUGAGUACAUUACAAGCCACAGCAUUAACAAUAAUUAACAAUAAUUAGAUUUCUCUUCCCCCAUCUUUCAAGGUGCUUCAUUUCUAGUCAUCUGAAGGACUGAGGGAGAAAUAAUUGAAUGUUUCAUAACUCUUUUUUGGUAUUGUUUGAGAGAAUUGGACACUGAAUGGGAACAAAAUUGAGUAGAGAAAUUCCUUUUCUUGUACCAGUUGGCUCUAUGGCUAGAUUUCCAGCCAGGACCACAAUAGAAAGAGUUACAUAUGUACUUUCUUGUUCUCUUUAUUUCCAAGUUAAAAAAAGUAACUAAGAAAUGACAAUCAAAAAGCAAAUAGGAAAAUUUUCAGAAUUUAGAACUGGUAUAAUUCAGCCUUCAAUUUGUUUAGCACUUGUAUUUACCAACGUUGUUUCGCAUGUGCCAUCUCUAACAGAGUUUGGCUUCUGUAACCUAUUUUUUUUUUUUUUAAUAUCUAAAAAUCUCUUGGGAAAUGAGAAAUAAUUUCAGAAAGGAGCUAGCACUAUGGCAAAAAUACUGUCUCUUUUGUUGGCACUUUGUGUUGUAAAAGAAGCAAAGUAAACUGAACAAGAGAGUACAGAUGCCUUUAAAACAUGUAAAGCCAAAAUGGGUUGGAAAGAGGAAGGAAUCCAUGAAAUUUUACUUCUCCCUUUAAAGAGCUCAAGGAAUGAACUGAUUUUGGAGUAUCCCAGGGACAGGAACAAGAUUACCCUAGCUUCUCCUCAGAAAGAACAUGUCCCUUUGAAUGCCAUCAGCUGCCUUUCCUAUUCCAGUUGUAAAGCAGACAGCCCUAGCACGGGACACAGUUUCAGCAGUCAAUCCACAUGCAUUUCACAUCGCACAAAAGCGCAUUAUCACCUUCCUAAUGUAAAUUAGUCUGAGAAAUUAGUCUGGAAAGAAGCGUGGGGCCAGGUCAUACAGUGCCUUGUACAGUGUUAAGGCAACAGGACUGUUUUACAUUUUGUUGUUGUUGUGAAACAUUUAAAUCUAUUAACUUUUAAAAAUUGUAUCCAAUACAAAACAUAUAUAUAGUAAAAAAUGAAAAACUCCUCAGCUCUCUACCCAGACAUAACCAUUGUUGAUAGCUAAAUGUAUGUCAUACCAAGUCUUUUCUAGGCCUUUAGAAACAUACCCACACAUACACACCCAUAGAUGUCCCACAAUGUUUUUUCUAGAAAUGUAAUCCAAUUGUACACUUUGCCAUUUGCUUUUGAUAUAUCUUGGAGAGCUUUCCACAUCUUAUGUAUAUCUACUUCGCUUUAUAAAAUAAAGGCUAUAUAGAAUUUUACAAUGUAGUCAUACGAUGAUUUAUGUGUCACAGUUCCCUUAUGAUGGGAAUUUCGAUAGUUUCCAGUUUUUUUUUUUUUUCACUAUUACAGUGCUUUAAUGAAUUGCCCAUAUAUUUUCAUUCUUUUGUUUGAAUAUUUCUAUGGGAUAGAAUCCUAAGAGAAAUUGCCAGAACAAAGGGCAUGCCCAUUUUAAACUUUGAUAGAUACUGCCGAAUUGUCCUUCAAAAAGGUUGUUGGAGAAUUUUAAGCAGAAGAACCAUUUGUAGCAUUUAUGUUGGAUUAAAGAAGUUUAAACCUAGAGAUGCAGAGACUGAUUAAGAGACUAUUUUAAUAAUUUUUGUGACUAAUUUGGUUUAAAGAACUGUCCAAGUCAAUGAAGAUGGAAAGGAGGGGUCAGAUAUGAGAAAAUUUGGGGAGGUAGAAAUAAUGGGAUUGGUGACUGUUCAGAUAGGAAUGUUCCUUGGAUAAAACUCAACCUUGGUUCCAUUCUCUAAGGUUGGCAAUAUAAAAGAGGGAUAGGUUUUACUCCUUCUCUGGACUCCCCAACUCAGUAAAUGGUGCCACCAUUUUACCCACAUGCUCAGGCCAAAAUUAAUAGCCAUCCUUAAAUUUCUCUUUUUUUCCUCCCACAUCUAGUUCAUUAACAAAUCCUGUCAGCUCUAUCUUCAAAAUAUAAUCUAAUUUAUAUAAUCUAAGAGUUGCUGAUGAAUUGAAAAUAUAUUCUAAAUCUGACUUUUCAUUGCUUUCACCACCAUUACCCUAGUCCAAGCCACAUCAACUCUUAUAUCAGCUACUACAGCAGCCUCCCAAAUGGUUUCCCCCUUUCAGACUCACUACCCUACCCCCACCACUAGCCAUUCCAUACACACAGGAAUUUUUUUUAAUGGAAAUCAGGUACUGACCCCUGCUUAAAACACUUCCUUGAUUUCUCUUACAAUAACAUCCAGACUCUUUAUCCUUAAGGCCCUGUAUGGUCUAGCCCAGGCUACCUUUAUGAUUGCAUCUGUUCUUCUCCUGGUUACUAUAACCACAUUGACAUUCUUUCUGUUUCUCAAAUAUGACACUCUUUUUCCUGCCUUAGUUCUCUGCAUAAAACCCUCUUUCUCAGUCUUGUCCCGUUAUGUCAUUCUCAGGUUAAAUAUCACCAUCUCAGAGCAACCUUCUCCAUCUACCCUAUCUAAAGUAACCUCUUCUCCCAUUAACUGUAUAUUUCUGUUUUAUUUUCUACAUAGCAAAAUUUCUAUUUGAAAUUAACUUUUUUUUUUAUUAUGUCUGUUGACUCCCCCAAAUGUCUAAAUCCCCCAAGGCAGGAUGCCAGCAUAGGGAACUAAUUCCCACACAUUGCAGGUUUUCGAUAAAUGUUGAAUGGAUGGAUGAAUGGGUGAAUCAUUUUGAAAGAUUUGAAUAUGAGAAUUAUAUUCUCAUAAUUAGUUAAUUAUUGAGACCUAGAGCUAUAUCUGCAGGACUAGCACUAGAGGGUACAAGACUAUAGCUUCUAGGGCACAGCCAAUGAAACAUCUAGAAGAUUCAACUCUGGGGAGCAAUAAGCUUUAAUGUUCAUGGAAAAGGGAAUUUAGUGUGUAAUUUGUUUAGCUGUACUAUCCAAUAAGGUAGCCACAUGUGGCUAUUGAGGACUUGAAAUGUUUCUAAUUCAAAUUGAUAUGCUGUAAGUAUAAAAUAUAAACCAAAUUUCAAAGACUUGGUACAGAAAUAAAGAAUGUAAGGUGUCUUAAUAAUUUUUAAAUGUUGAUUAGAUAUUGACAAGAUAAUUGUGUAGCUGUGUUGGGUUAAAGAAACUAUACAAUUAAAAUUAGUUUUGAAUGAUAUUACCAAGAUGGCAGCAUGAGAUGCUCCAGGAUUCCAUCACCCUACAGAAGUUUUAGACAACAAAAACAGGCAGGACUAUCUUCUCAGAGCUCUGCUAAAUAGUUAAGGCUAGUAGUAACUGGGUAAGCACCAAAUCAAGAAAAAGACAACUUAAGAAAUAGUAGGAAAACCUUGUAGUUCCUUUGCUGGCCUUUCCAACUCCUCCCUGGCUUGGUGCAGAGCUGACCCAUGUUCUCUGUGUGGCUCCCUGGUCCCAGUUCUGGAGGAAGCAGAGUAACUCCUACACACAUAUUAAGAUACAUGUAUGUCUAUACCAGUCUGGUGGCAGCCUGAAGGACUAAACCAGGACAUUCUUCACAGGCUUGCUGUCCCAGAACUUGCCCAGCAUGUAGAAGCAACUCACAGGGCAGCUAAUCUGCUGUAAGAAAACAAUCAAAUCAUAGCUGCCUGGGACAAAGAAUUACCAGCUUUAAGACAUGAAAUAUGGAACCCUAAGGUGGGAGGAAAGACUGUCUCCUAGGGGAAAAGGGAAAUUUGGAUCUGUGAAAUGGAAUAUUUCCUAAUGCCAUGUGUGCAUGCCUAGGACAAGACACAUGCUCAGAAAAGGCCAGGAGGACUGUCAACUUUCACCUCAGGCUGCCCUUUAAACUCACUGUUAGGCCACUUAAACUCUCAAGGAGAGCACUCACAUAGGCCAAUUUGCAAUGACUGGCAAAGAUUUUUUUUUCCCUCUUUUUGUUACUCCUGACAUUCAAAGAAAUAUCACUCAUAACACUAGCUGGAUAUAAGAUUAAGGAACAAACACCUUAGUGACUAAAUUCAAGAGGUAACAUACUAAAAUGUUCAAAUAUCCACUGUGCAAUAAAAGAUUACAGGACAAAAAAAGAGGAAAUUAUGGCCCAUGAAAAGGCGUAAGAUAAAGGAUUAGAAACCAUCAACAAGUAAGAUAAGACUUUUGGACAUACCAAAAUAUACUCUUAAAUAUACUCAAAAGCUAAAGAAAAACAUGGACAAAAAAACUAAAGGAUAUCAGGUGAAUGAUAGAUGAACAACAACAACAAAAAAGAAUUUCAGUAAAGAGAUAAAAAUCAUAAAAAGAAUCAAGCACAAACACUGGAGGUGAAGACCACAGUAACUGAAGUAAAUUUCCCAGAGGCGUUCAACAGCAGAUUGGAGCUGGCAGAAGAAACAAUCCAUGAACUUGAAGAUAAGGCAACUGAAAUUAUUCAAUCUGAAGAGCAGAAAGAAAACAGUGUAAAGAAAAAUGAGCAGAGCCUGAGACUUGUGGAACAACAUCAAGUGUACCAAUGUACAUGUUAUGGGAGUCCAAGGAGAAGAAAGAGGGAAAGGGGCAAAAUGAAUAUUCAAAAAAUAAUGUUUGAAAACUUCUCAAAUUUAAUGAAAGAUGAAUAUACACAUCCAAGAAGAACAAAGAGUUCCAAACAGGAUAAACUCAAAGAGAACCACACUGAGACACAUUAAAAUCAAACUCAAAUGCCAAAGGCAAAGAGAGAAUACUGAAAGCUACAAGAGAAGAGCAACAUGUCAUGUACAAUAGGGCCUCUGUAAAAUUAAGUGCUGUUUUUCUGUCAGAAACCAUGGAGGCAAGAAGGCAGUGGGAUGACAUUUGAAGACCAAAAGUUAUGAUAAAUCUAUGGUUUUGGACACAAUGUAUAAAGAUUGUAAUUAGCAACAAGAAUAAAAUACAGGUGGAGGGGUGUUAGGAACCUAGUUUGUGUAUCAAAGUUAAGUUGGCAUCAAAUUAAAUGAGAUUAUUAUAGAUUUAGGACAUUAAAUUUAAGCUCCAUGAUCACCAUAAAGAAAACAUCUGAAAAAUAUACAGAGAAGGAAAUGAGGAGUGAUUCUAAAGGGUUCUUUACAAAAGGUGAACUAAAUACAAAAGAAGGCAAUAACAAGAGACUUUAAGAACCGAAAGUUAUGACUUAAACCUAACAGCAAAGUGACACAAGUAAGUCCCACAUUAUCAGUAGUUACUUUAAAUUAAUUGGUUAAACCUUCCAAUCAGAAGGCAGAGAUUGGCAGAGAAAAGCAUGUCCCAACUAUAUGUUGCUUACAAGAGACUCGCCCUAAAUUCAAAGAUUGAAAGUGAAAGGAUGGAAAAAAAUAACCCAUGCAAGUAAUAACCAAA